UGAGAUCAUGUGUGCUUUUAUUAAUCUUAAUUUGAAGAGAAAAGACAAGAGGCGACUCCGUGAAUUGUACUGGACCUUUAAAUGGGUUCUACAUCCGGAGCAUCUUCCUCCUAUCCCCAGACAGACACAGGCCAGUGUCCCAGUGUCCUGCCGACAACAACCCGAACCCACUGCUGACGGGUUUGUUUACAAAGCGUUUACAGGUGUGCUGCUACUAUGGCCCAGAACCAGGUUAUCCUGCAGUUCCGCUUUGCCACUUUUGGGGACUCCAUGUUACAGAAGAUGAACCUUCUGCGACACCAGAGACGCUUCUGUGAUGUCACAGUACGCAUCAACCAGCUGGAGGUCCCUGGUCACAAGGUAGUGUUUGCCGCCGGCUCCUCUUUCUUGAGGGACCAGUUCAUCCUUCAGCAGAACUCCAGGGAAGUCCAGAUCUCCAUGAUGCAGGAGGCGGAGGUGGGCCGGCAGCUGCUGCUCUCUUGCUACACGGGCCAGCUGGAGUUUCCUGAGCUGGAGCUUGUGCAUUACCUGACAGUGGCCAGCUUCCUGCAAAUGGGCCAUAUUGUGGAGCAGUGCACUCAAGCUCUCAGCAAGUUCAUCAAACCUCAACCUACACGCCAGUUGGAGGUUGAUGUGGAUAUGAGGAGGGAGAAGAAGGAGGAGGGUUUAUCCUCCCAGACCCAGAGAGAGCAAGAGCACUCUCAGGUUCGGACCGUCCAUCAGGAGGAUGAGGAGGUGGAGCAGGUUGAGGAUGACAACAAUGAGGACGACAACGACGACGAUGAUGAUGAUGAUGUGAUCAUACAGCCCAAGUCCCCUCCCCAGAUCUUAGGCCGGCGUCCAAGGCAGGGUUUGGUGGAGAGUGACAUCACUAUAGUAAAAGUGGAGUCUGUGUCUGACGUAGCAGAAAACUCCAUCACUGGUCACUUAUCCACCAGCCCCCCUGCUGCCCUCCACUCUCCUGAGCCACAGCACUCCCUCAUCAACUCCACAGUGGACAGUCGUGGCAGUGAGGCGGCAGGUCCACCUGGUAUGGCUGGAUACCCACUGAGUCCACCACCCACAGAGAAACACAGCGCGUACCAGAGGAACUACGACAAACCUCUCCAGUGGUACCACCAGUGUCCUAAAUGUGCACGGGUCUUCCGCCAGCUAGAGAACUAUGCCAACCACCUCAAGAUGCACAAGCUGUUCAUGUGCCUCCUGUGUGGCAAGACCUUCACACAGAAGGGCAACCUGCACCGACAUAUGCGCGUCCACGCUGGCAUCAAACCCUUUCAGUGUAAAAUCUGUGGCAAGACCUUCACCCAAAAGUGUUCUUUGCUGGAUCACCUAAACCUGCACAGUGGGGACAAGCCGCACCGCUGCAACUACUGUGACAUGGUUUUUGCUCAUAAACCAGUUCUACGCAAACACCUCAAACAGAUCCACGGGAAGAACAGUUUUGACAAUGCGAACGAAGGCAGCCUGCACGACGGGGGGCUUGACUUUGAUUUUGGCCAAAUAUGAAGUCUGUUGAGCUCUGUUUUGUAGCUUUGUUGAUGGACAUCAGUCAUAUGAAAGCUCAAAGGAAUCAUCCUAAAUUUAGCUUUUAAAAAAGCUGACACAGUACACUUAAAUCAGGAGCACAGAGCCUUUUAUUCUUUUGAUGAGAAGCAAACGGUUAUUUUUAUCAAACAUGGGUGUAGGAGUGAACAUGAUUGCAGGUUUCCCAAAGUGUCAUCCUCAUCCUGAUGAGUUUAACUGGAGAGCGUUAACAUGAAAGAAGAUGUUUUCCUGCUCUGUAUUUCACUGUAGCUUCAUUACUGUGGACUAUUUUUUAUCCUUUUUUCUACAAUAUGUUGUAGAUGCCUUCAUAUCAUACUUGAAAAUUUGCACUGAAAUACUAACAUAAUGACUGUGUAUCAUUAGUUUUAUUAAUGAAUUAACGUGUGUCUGCUUUGUCCAAUAGAAAAAAAAAUCACAGUGAAUAUAUAUUCAAUAUAUACAGUAUAUAUAUGAUUCAUUUGUAUGUUGUGUAUACACUCUACUGUAGCCUUUCUUUCCUACCUGUGUGAAUAUGACAAUGUGGAUAUCAUAACUAAAAGAAACUUGAAAGAGAGUGGACUGAAAACAAUACUUUAAUGAAGGCAUGCUGCAGCAGUGACAAACAGAAUGCCAACGUGUCUGCGUGCACUGAAGUGGUUCUUCUAUACAGACUUUAUAUCUGAGGUACUACUGGACCAAAGUGACAUUGUAUCUGUCCUGUGUUCAUGGAAGUUGGUGUGUUUUAUGACAUUAAAGACUCUCAGUCGGUGUUGCUC